CUUUAUAGCAGCUGACCCAAAGCAUCAAGAGCAAAACCAUCCCAACAUUUACAGAACUACAGAUUUGAGGAAACAGCUGAAUGAUGAGUGCUGCUCAAACACUGGUGUCCAGACUGGAGGCCCUGCAGUGCCACUUCACCUGGGAUCUUGACCUCAGCAGGUCCUUACUUUUACCUUGUAGGGACAACUUGUUAGACAUUGGUACUGAGAAUGGAAACAGAUGGCUGGGUCACAUCUACAACCUGCAAGGGUUCAUUCAGUACAGGCUGGGCUUCAGUGGAGAUGCCCAAAGUUUCUUCAACACGGCUAAACAGGCUUUCAGCCAGAUAAAAAACGCAGAUGAGGGCCCCUGGUUAGUGGUGAACUACGGGAACCUGGCUUGGCUGCACCACUCCCUUGGAGACCAAGCAGAGAGUGAGGCCUACCUGUCAAAGGUCGAUGCCCUGAAUACAAAAUACCCAUCUUCAUCCCAGACGGAGCUCCACCCUGAGAUCUACGCUGAUAAAGCCUAUACGCUGAUGACGUUUAACGGCGACAUAAACCUUGUUGCAGAUUACUUCCAGAGAGCCAUCGAGAUGCAGCCAGGCAUACGAGAGUGGAACAGCUGGCAUGUCUUAGCGUUAUUGUAUGCUUCUAAGCACAGCAGGACAGGGCUGGAAGAUGACAUCUUUGAGAAAAUGAGAAUUGCCCAAGAACAGGAUCCAGAGAACUUGUACCUUGCUGCUCACUACCUUUGUCAACGUGCUAUGAGAGGAGAAAGUAUUGAAGAUGAAGCACGUGAGUUAGCCACAAAGGUUUUGAGAAGUCCUGUCAGCAGCUACAGUGGUUUAAAACCAUUGCUAUGGGUUUACAGAAAGUAUAUAUCUGUUGAUGAGGCCAUCGUUUUGGCAGAGGAGGUUCUGAAGAACCAUCCAGAUGAGCGUUAUCUGAAGAGACGUGCUGCUCUCUGCUACUACGAAAAGAGGGUCUUUUGCAGUGAGGGUCCCCCAAAGAAAAGCAUGCUAGACAGAGCAGUCAGUCUCCAUCAGGAGGUGAUUGCUCUUUACCCUCAUUCGUCACUUAUGAGGAAAAUACACCUUGCCACGAUAUACGCACAGUCACAUGAUGGUAAGGCUAAAGCCGUGCGGAUAUAUCAGGAACUGCUAAAAAGUUAUCUGGAAAUUGCAGGCCAACAGGUGCUUUUCAACAGCUACGCAAAAUAUCUACAUUUACAAAAACAGGAUCGCAAAAUGUCAAUACGAUGUCACAUGAAGGCAGCAGCGAUACCGCACCAAUCCGUCUUUCGUAAGGACAGUAUUAAAGUUCUGGAGAAGAUCAGGGACAGAGGCAGGGAUAGAAUGUGUGGAGAAAUAAGGAAGUGUCUGGCAAACCUGCAAGAGCCGUAG